AUGUGGUUGGUUGCUGACAUAAAUUGUCGUAUACUCGUUUUUAGAACUGCGCAUUGGGUAGUUGAACACCUGACACCAUCACGAAUGACUUACGAUCCAUCUGUUGACCGCUCAAAGUGUCAAUUCCAUGCCGACGAAUCAAUUCAUCCGUACUUUCGAUCGCAAAAUGAUGACUAUCAGAGGAGUGGUUACGAUCGAGGGCAUUUGGCGGCUGCCGGCAAUCAUCGUCGAACGCAGAAUGCAAUCGAUCAAACAUUCCUUUUGAGUAAUAUGUCGCCGCAAGUUGGACGUGGUUUCAAUCGGGAUAAAUGGAACGAACUUGAGCGAUACGUCAGGAAGCUGGCUCGUAAAAAUGAAAAUGUUUACGUAUGCACUGGACCGUUGUAUUUGCCUCGUAUGGAAGAUGACGGUAAUUUAUACGUGAAA